CAAAGCCUGAGCAGCUGUCAGACAACUGUCGUGUCUCCCACUAAUGAUAUAGCUUUAAUAAUUAAUAAUUACGAUCUGCAAAGCAAUGCAGUCAAGAUUCGGGCAACCUUGGCCAAUUACGGCAAGCUCGUAUCCAAUUCAUCAAUGGGGCGUUAUUUGUCACCAAUUAUCCUUAGAAUACGAAUAGGUUGGAUCCCGCUUCGGGCUCACAGAUCCAGGGAUCCAGACUGUUCCCGAGACUCUUUUCUCGUAUCGGAACCUCUCAUGACAACUCGAUACAUUCGGUGGCUUGAAUCUUCCCGCCGACCAUCUUUCUCUCUAUGCUGCAUUCUACUAUAAAGUGACAUCGCCCCACAUUUGACAUUGUUCAACGCCACAGCCUUUACCUUUCCCGAUUCCCAAUCUACUAACAUCAUAAUGCACCCUAAAUACCCAACAUGCCCCAAGAAAAACCCUACCUGAGGGAGACCGGCUCCGCACAAGAACUCACCUCAACAUACUAUUUCUACCGCGAAGAAGAGCACGUCCAAAUAACUCAAGCCCCUAAACCCAAGCCCAGGCGACGUUGGCGCAGGCAGAAAGAAGCAUCGCUCCUCCCGGAAGACCCAAAUGGCUAUAUCAUCCACACCCCCUAUGUCAGCUUUCACCAGCCUCCACAAACUCUCCGAAGGGGUGGCUCUAAAACUGCACCCCCGAUUUGUCUAAUCCACAACUAUGGGCUCUGGAGACGCUGGAAGGUGCAGUUCGGUGACCGGAUUGCAGACGCGAUUGAUCCGAGAGGCGUGGUUGGGUGGGGAUGCCGGACUAAUCCCGACAAUAGCGUGGAGGAUGACUGUGCGCUGAAGGGGUAUAGGGUUCGCUCGUGGCGGUUAUGGGCGGAAUCGGGGAAACGGUAUCAUAAAGAGGUGAAUGCGAAACGGAAGGAAGGGGUCUAUUCGGAGGAUGAUCUGUUUCCACAUCAGCCGGUUCAAGCGGACGAGGCAAUUAGCUUGAAUUGGACGCGGCCUUUUUCGAGGCGGACGCGCUGGUAUCAGUUUCAGUAUGGCGGUGUUGAGCUUUGUUGGAAAGGGACUAGGAGUUUGCCUGAAGGAAGAAAGUGGGCUAGAAGACUGAUGCCGAUCCAUCAUUUGAAGCUCACCGCGAAGUCUCCUGGUGAUGGCGGGAGUGAGGUCGUUCUGGCUCAGUUCUUCUGCAGUUUUGAUUGGAGUGAAUAUGGGGAUUUGGUUAUUCUUGAUGAGGAGGUAUCUAGGGUCUUUCAGUGUGAUGUGCUAUCGGACGACGUUGGCCUGUAUGAGAAGAAGGGCGGUGUACUUGACAGGAUUCAUGAGGUGAUUAUAGCGACUUCUUGGUGCAUGGUUUUGGGGGAAUUCAGGAAGCGAAAGGCCACGAUUGAGCUGUUGAUUGAGAUUGCAUGUGCUUGGAGCUGAAUAGGCAUUGUUUAGUAUCCAGUGCGUAUGGUGUCAUUUCGUCUACCUAGUCGAUCACGAUGGUCAUGAGGCCAUUUUUUGACGGUAUCCUUCGAAAGCUGGCUCACCUUUUGAUCAAUUGUAAUAGCUGGAGCAAAUGAAUACCCAAGGACUGUGACCUGUCCCUAGUCACUGUCCCCUCCUAGCUCUGGAGUCAUCGGAUGAGGUUCUGGGUCCCAGCCAGAAUCGCUAUCUGCUCAGCUAGGUUGGAAUUACUCUCACAUCUAUUUUAGAUAUUCUAGAUCGAUAAUAGCAAGGCAAUAG